AUGAAGGAGUACCAGGAAGAGGUGAACUCAAACCGCGAAAGAGAACAGGCUAUGCUGCGGAAGCUCCUUCGCCUUUCUCCCAAGAAGAACCACGAGCACACGCGUCGCUGCCAGGUCCAGCACAAAGGCGAAUGGACUGGCUCCAAAAAAGAGAAGGGCGAAUGUCGAACCUGCCAUGAGGACUCGUCGGCGCACUGGCGAUGCACCAAAUGUCAAGGGCCGGUCUGCAGGAGUUACCAUUACGGAGCGCCUCCGCAGGUAUCUGCUGAGGCUCAGGAUGCUGUUACACCCGAGCAGAACAGCUCAAUCGUUGCUCCUGUCGAGGCUGCGAUUGUGACUAACGAGUCGAACCCACAACACGAAGCCGUCAUAGUGGAUCUCCAAGCUGACUACGAGAGCGACGAAGAGGAUAGAUCCUCGGUCAUCGCUUCAUGGGACAAGGAAGUGCUUGACUCGAUCAUCACCGCACUUGGCGAACAUGGCGGCAAAGACCCGGAGUUCGGGGCGCUUCUCGGGAAAGUGGCAAACGACGUGGCCACUUUGGAUGAGGUCAGCUACUUGCAAGACUGUAUGAUCGAGCUUCGUAAGUCCAUCAAACCGGCCUCUCAGCUCGCCACGCCACCCGAUACACCACCUCAGAAGCAACGCCGUGCUCGGAAGACCAUCACCAAAGGAACCUCGAAGAAGCGUGCCUCGGCAGUUCUCGACUUGUCCGGCUCUUCUGGUGAUGACGAGCCACCCGUAAAGCGUCGUCGUCCCCUUCAGUCCAGCAAGACUCUUCAACAGCACUUGAUCUCUCUUCCUGUCGAGACGUUUAGCCCCGUACGUAAGCAGUUUGCCGCGAUGCAGCUAAGUCCGAUCUACACUCAAGACGAGCCCAUCGUGCCGAAUGCCAGGAUCAAGAAGAUGGUCACUCCCACUCGGCCACACUUUCACUUCGGCGCUGCGCUUCUGCAGAAAGACGCAUCCCCUCCUUGA